CCUGACUCCUGGUUUGGUCCCCAUGACGAAAACGCCUCCACCGUCUCCGCCGCGUGAAGAUUUGAUAGAAGAAAUUGGAGAGACUUUGGAAACUGAUUUGUUCUGGUGAUGCUAAUACUGAUGAAGCUGGCAAGUACUCAAGACAGAAACUUUAAUGAUCUGAUUGUGACUGAUGAAAUGUUCACCAAUCGAGCAUUGGUUGAGGUCAGCAGUGAUGAGGAAGGAUUUCAUGGUUCUUGGUUUGCUGCAACUUUGGUGAAAUCAUUGAGGAAAGGAAAGUUCCUUAUUGAGUACAAGUGCUUGUCGACGGAGGAUGGUUCGGAACUUCUGAGAGAAGAGGUUGAUAACAUGCACAUUCGGCCCCAUCCGCGGGAAAAUGUUGUCGAUCAUUUCAAGCAACUUGACGAGGUUGAUGCUUUGUUCAAUGAGGGUUGGUGGGUCGGUGUCAUUUCUAAGGUUCUAACGGGUUCAAGGUAUAUAGUCUACUUCAGGGAAACUUGUGAGGAACUUGAAUUUCAGCACUCUGAGUUAAGGCUUCAUCAGGAUUGGAUUGAUGGCAAAUGGGUUAUCCCAUCUCGGGUAUGGCCCUAUCUUAUCUUAACCACUUUAUUUGACAUAUAUCAGCUACUUUGCUUUAGUGUUCUAUGGAAAUUUCUCUGAAAAACUGAGUCAUUGGUUGCAACAUUUUACACUAAAGUAGCAAGCUUUGUGCUAAGAUGAACUGUUUUCGAAACCAUAUAUUUGAUUUCUUCCUGUAUGAUCAUGACUAUAGUUGGAAUAUAUUUUAGAGUCCAACUGUUUCCUCAACUCUUUUACAUGAGGUGAGACUCGUAUCAAUUUCGAAGUCGCAUGAGUCUAACAUCUUGUAUGAGAAUGAUAAAGCAGUUGGGAAAUACUGUAGUCCUAUAGCAUCUGCAAAGACUUUAGUCAGAAGAUGGGAUGACAAAAUACAAAGUGAACAAUUGAACCUGUCCAUAAUUUGG